AUGGGAAAAAAGAAUCAUAAUAAACAAAAAAGAAGACAACAAGGUAAAAAAAUAGAAGAUAUCACUACACAAAUUGAUAUUAAUUCAUAUUUAAAUUGUAUUAUGAUUGAUCCAGAAAUUCUUUUUAUUACACCAUCUCCUUAUCCACAAGAAAUUAAAAUUUUAAUAUUUAAUUAUUCAGAUAAUGAUUUUAAUAUAUCAUUCUCAAAUAAAGAUAUUGGAUUAGAAUGUAAUAAUGAAAUUGUACAAAAUGAUAAAUGUACUAUAAUAGAAAAAGAAAUUAUUUGUUCAUCUAUUUCAAAUAAAGAAGUUAAUUUACCAAUUGUAGUCAAAUUUAUUUCAGUUAGUAAUAAAAAAUUAGAAUUUAAUAAAAUAUUUAAUAUUAAAAUUAAAGAAAAAGAAGAAGAAAUAAAAGAAAUAAUUGAUAAUAAUAAUACAGAGCAAAAAAUUAAACAAAAAGAAAAUAAAAUUAAUAUUAGUAUUAAAAAUGAAGAAGUUAUUGUUAUUGGAAAAGAAAUACCAAUAAAAAUAGAAAUUGAUAAUCAAGAAGAUAUUGCAAUUAGAAUUAAAAUAGAAGAAGAUAAAAAUCAAAUAUUUACAUUAAAAACUAAAAAAGAAGAAGAAAUUAUUAAAGAAAAAACAAAAAAAAUAAUGAAAGAAAGUUUUAUUUUAUUUAAUAAAUAUAGUGAAGGACCAUUUAAUAUUAUAUUUAAAAUUAUUAAAGAAAAUACAGGAGAAUAUAUUGGAAAUAAAAAAGUUUAUUUUGAAAGUAUAAUAAUUUAUCCAGAAGAAGAAACAAUAAAAGAAGAAAAAAAGAAAGAAAAAGGAAAGAUUGAAGAUUUUCAAAUAACUAUUAUGAAUUGUUCUCAGAAUAAAAACGAAAAAGAAGUAAUGAUUUUUAUUGGGAAUUAUACAAAAGAAAAAGUUUUAGUUAAAUAUAAAGAACAAGAAAAUAUUAAAGGAAUAAAAAUUAAAGGAAGUUUUAAACAAGAAAUGAAAAGUGGAGAAGAAAGUUAUAUAAUAUUUGGAGUAAUAAUAAAUAGAAAAGAAAUAAAUACAACAAUAGGAUUUUUAUUUGAGAUUGAAACAAAUAAAAUAAUAGAAGAAAGAGAAAUUAAAUAUCAAAUCCAAAAAGAAAUAGAUAAAAAAAAAGAAAUAGAAUUUCCUAAACUAAAUAAUAUAGAAAGAAUAGAAACAAUAAAAGAAAAUAAAAAAAUAGAUUCAAAUUAUUUAAUAAAAAAACAAAAGAAAAAACUUGAAAAAGAAUGUUGUUUAAAAGAAUGUAAUUGGUAUAAUCUUAGUAAAGAUUUAAAUAAAGAAGAAAAAAUAAUAUGGAUAAUUAUAAUGAUAGAACAUAUUAAAGAAUAUAAAGGAAUUAAUAUUAAUAUAUUUAAUAUAAUAAUUAAUGAAAAUAUGGAAUUUACAAUGAAACAAAUAAAAAGAAAUGAAAGAAAACUUGAAGAACAAAUUGAUCAAAUGACAUCUUUCUUUAUGAAACCAGAAAAAGAAAUAAAAGAAGAAGAAGAAGAAGAAAUAUUUGCAAUAGGAACAACAUUAUUAUGUGGAUUAAUUGGAAAAAUACCAGAUAUUCCAUAUUGGAUAUGGGAUGAACAUUUAGAAAAAAAAGAAGAACCAAUUAAAAUAGAAGAAUUAAUUAUUGAAGAAAAAUAUCAAAAAAUAGGAGAAUUAUGUAUUCAAUGUUGGAAAGGAUUAAUUAAAUAUAAAGAAAUUCAAACAAAAUUAAAAGAAUAUAUAAAAACAAUAAAAAUUAAUGAAAUUAUUGAAGGAAUUAAAAAGAAAGCAAAAGAAUAUCAAGAAAAAGAAAUAAAAAGAAUACAAGAAGCACAAAAUAUAUUUGAAGAAUUUAAUAGAAAAUAUCCUAUGAUUAAUAGUCUAAAUUCAAAUGAUAAAACAAUUAUAACAAUAAAAAAAUUUGAACAACCAAUUCAAAGAAUUCAAAAACAAAAUAAUCCUAUUAUUUUACAAAAAUAUGAAAAACAAGAAAUUGCACCAUUUAAAGAAGGAGAUCGAAUACAAUCUAAAAAUCAUGAAUUAAAAAAAAUUAUUGAAGAAACAAAAGAUUUUAUAUUAAAAGAAUGUCAUGGAAAAGAUAUUAAACAAGUUAGAUUUUAUAAUAGAAAAACAAAUAAAAUAAGUCAACCACCAUUUUAUCAAAAACCAUCUAAUAUAUUAAUUACAUUUAAAAUAGAUAAUAAUGUAUUUGGAUUAUAUAUUAAUGAUAAAGCAAAAUUAAAUAAAUCAGCUUUUAUAUUAACAAAAGAUAAUUAUAAAUUAUUAUCAAUUCAAAAUCAAUAUAAUACACAACCAUUUGUAUUUACAAUGAUUAAAAGUGAAACUAAAUUACAAUUUUUUGGAAUAUCACAUGAAAAUUUAAUGGAAUUAAAUAAUAUUUUCUUAAUUACAAAAAAAGAUUAUAAAAUGAUAAUUUAUGAAACAUUAAUUAAUCAAAGAAUAACAUGUGGUCUUCAUAAACCAUCAGAAUAUAUUAGUACAAAUAUAAAUCCUAUUUCAUCAAUAAAAAAAUUUAUUGAUGAAAUAAUUUAUUAUGAUAUAAUAAUUUAA